UCAGCGCGAGGGUUUCAACAGCCACCUGCUCCCAGCCAGAGAGAGACACAGACAGAGAGAGAGGAGAGAGAGAGAGGAAGACAGAAACUGUUGGGAAACCCCAGGACCCUCCUCCUGCUUCCAACCCAGCUCUCCUCCCCACCCCCAUCCCAUCCCUUGGAGAACCCUUCCCCGCCAGGGGCCUAUUUGUGCUACAAGCGGACUUGAUAACUGUAUAAUACAAACCAUCAUGUGGACACAUUGCUAUUUGAUAACUAAGCAAGAGGAACCUUGUAGCUUGCAGAGCCUGAAGAGAUAUAUUUAAAUACAUUCAGAAAUGGAGGCAAACAACCAUUUUAACUUUGCCGGACUUCCCUCUUCACCUGCUGCCUCAGGACAGAAACCUGCGCCUUCCUCAGGGGAUAAUGUCUACACAAAUGGAUCUCCCAUGAACUUUCCCCAGCCAGGGAAAAGUUUGAAUGGAGAUAUGAAUGUUAAUGGCUUAUCUACUGUAUCUCAUGCUAGUACUUCAGGGACCCGCUCCUCAGCCAACUCACACCUCCAACAUCCCUAUGACUAUCUUUGGAACUACUCUCAGUAUCCAUCUGGCAAUGGGAACAACCUCAAGGACAGUCCACUGUUCUCCCAGUAUCCACUGAAUGGUAUUGCUGGAGGCAAUCGACAAGACUCACCAGGGCACACCACCAAUCUGAGAGGAGGUGGCAGUGGGCAAGAGUUCUGGGCAAAUGGCACCCCAGGUACCAUGGGACUUAACUUUGAUUCAGCAGAGCUCUAUGACUCUUUCCCUGAUGAUCAGAAUUUUGAACUCCUGCAAAAUGGCCCAUCCAGCUUCUACACAUCAUCUCAGCCUUCCCCUAUGCUUGGCUCAGGCAGUCAGGACUUCUCUCCACAGCAGGAUGAACCAGGCAGUGAGGAGACUGUGAAAGAAACCUCCUCUGCAGUCUCGGAAAAUGGUGCCAGAUUGUUGGGCAGCAUGGAGCUGGAGAACACACAGCCAGAGUUGAAAAUGUGUGACUACAAUGGGUCUUCGCCAGUUGGUGAGCCUCUCAGCCAGGAGGCUUCUGUCUUGGAACCUGAUGCUGGGAGUGGUUGUCUGGAAGAUGCUUCUCGGAUUCCUCCUCCGCUAGAGGACCCCUUAGAGCCGUUUGAGUCACUGGACAGAGAAACAGAAGCAAAAGAAAAUGAUUUUACUAUAGGAAACUUCACUAAAAUGCAAGACCCAGGGACAGGAGAUCUAUAUGAGAUGGAUACAUCUGAGCUGGUGAGCGGCAAGUCUCCUCUGGAGGACCGUCCUGAUAUCUCUGCCCUGGAUUGUCCUGGCAGCCCUUCUCUCAAUCACUCUGACUCCUUCAGCCUCUUGGCAGAUGAUAGUCAGCCUGACACCUCACUUUUUGGAAAUGCCAGUUUGGCACCUGUUCUUGGAGAGUCUGUUUUGCAAGAAAACACCCUGGAGUUAACAGCUGUGAAUGAAGUAGGACAAGAGGGCACAGAGUUUCUGGAUUCACAAGCACCACUUGAACCAGAAACACUAGAUGCCCCCUUGGAAGAGGGAGCCAAAAGCAGCUGCCCAGAAGAUCCUGCAUCCAUGAAAGACAGGGACAGCAAAGAGGCCUCAGCAUUCAAUGUGUCAGCAAAAAGUGAUGUUCCAAGAAGGCGGAUAGCCACAGCAGAAGAGGUGUGCUACCCUUUAAAGCAUGGGUGGCGAAGGGAGGUAUACAUCAAGAAGGGCAGCAGUCGCUGGCAGGGAGAGACUUGGUACUACGGGCCUUGUGGCAAGAGGAUGAAGCAGUUUCCGGAAGUGAUAAAGUAUCUGAGCAGAAACGUUGUGCAGAAUGUCUGCCGUGAACACUUCAGCUUCAGUCCUCGAAUGCCAGUGGGAGACUUCUUUGAAGAGCGAGAUACACCUCAGGGCCUGCAGUGGGUACAAUUGACGCCUGAGGAAAUUCCUUCACGUAUCCAGGCCAUCACAGGCAAGCGUGGCCGACCCCGCAAUACUGAAAAAGCCAAGGCUAAAGAAAUUCCCAAGGUGAAACGUGGCCGGGGCCGCCCUCCCAAAGUGAAAGUGCCUGACCUGCUGAGCAAGACAGAUGCCAGGGUUCUGAAAAAACUGGAAGCCCAAGAGGUGCUCAGUGAUGAAGAUAAGGUGAAGAUGAGCAAGAUCAAAAAGAAAAUGAGGCAAAAGGUACAAAAUAAGCAGAAGCAGGAGGCCAAGGCACUCAAGCCCAAGGAGAUCAAGCCGAAAGAAGUCAAAAAGAAGCCUAAGGUGAAGAAGGAAAAGGGCAAGCCAGAAAAGAAUAAGCCAGAGAAACUGAAGGAGAAGGCAAAGCUGAAAGAAAAAGUGAAGCCCAAGGAAAAAAAGGUGGUAGCAUCAGCCAAGGUUCCCCGGAAGGUGGAUAAGAAUCUCCUGGCUCGGCGUCAGGAAGAACGGCAGCGGCAGCAAAUGAUCCUGGAAGAGAUGAAGAAGCCCACUGAAGAUAUGUGUCUAGGGGACCACCAGCCUCUGCCAGAGUUUUCUCACAUCCCUGGGUUGGUUUUGCCUAGCCAUGCCUUUGCAGAUUGUUUAGCCAUUGUGGAAUUCCUACACAACUACGGCAAGGUGCUGGGCUUUGAUGUAGCCAAGGAGGUUCCCAGCCUUAGUACCCUGCAAGAGGGCCUGUUCAAUGUAGGAGAUAGUUUGGGUGAAGUGUUGGAUCUCCUGGUAAAGCUGGUGAAGGCUGCACUGUAUGACCCUGGCCUCCCUUCCUACUGCCAGUCACUGAAGAUCCUGGGUGAGAAACUCUCUGAGAUAAGCCUGAACCGUGACACUGUGUCUGAGAUCCUUCGCUGCUUCCUCAUAGCUUACGGGGCGGAUGAGAACCUGUGUGAUAGCUUGCGCACUAAACCCUUUCAGGCACUUCCCCCAGACAAAAAGGCUGUCGCCCUGGCCUUCCUAGUCAAUGAACUCAACAGCAGUGCCCUUAUCAUCAAUGAAAUUGACAAGACCCUGGAGAACAUGUCCAACCACAGGAGAAAUAAAUGGAUCAUUGAAGGAAAGUUGCGCAGGUUAAAGAUUGCUCUAGCCAAGAAGAUGGGGCGGCCUGAGACAGAAAUCAAAGGCUUGGAGGAAGGGCGGUGGCGGCGGAGCUCACGCAUCACCGAAGAGAACGAGGAUAUGGAAAUGGAAGAGGAGGAGGAGAGAAGUAGAACAUGCAAGGCCCGGAGAGACAAUGAGAAUGACACUCCAGUUUCCAGUGUGCCUGAGCUGGAGAGACAAAUUGAAAAGCUUUCCAAGCGCCAGAUGUUCUUCCGCAAGAAGUUGCUUCAUGCAUCACAGUUGCUACGGGCUUCAUCGCUGGGGCAGGAUCGAUAUCGACGCCGGUAUUGGGUGCUGCCUCACCUCGGUGGGAUCUUUGUGGAAGGUUGUGAGGUCUCAACAGCAGCUUCCCCCGAGGUUUCCAAGAAUGUACUGGAGAAGGAAGAGGCCCUGAAGGAGGAAGAACAUGAGGCAUUGCCAGUCAAACAGGAGACCACUGACACACCAUCAGUUACUGAUCACAUAAACUGUGCAACAUCUUGGUCAUGGAGUCGGCCAUGGAGGGACAAUAUGGGGCUGCUGCCGCCGGAGCCAUCAGAACCCAAGUUACCGGAGCCCACACCCAUGUCUGUCAAUGGAUUUUUGGAGGAUUCUGUGGCCUUGGGCCAAUCUCAGCAUGACCUCAGCCAGUCAGCCUUCCUGUCCUGGCUCAGCCAGACACAUCAGGCAUCCUCACUGCUUAACAGCUCUGUGCUCACCCCAGACAGCAGCCCUGGUAAAGGGGACCCGUUACCCUCAGAUGAGUUGCCAGACUCUGCAGGAGAGGAUGAAAGCACCACAGCAACACAGGUUGCCUGGUUCAAUCUGCUUCCUAGGGCACUCUGUAAUGACUCUCCAAUUACUACUUCCAUUGAACAACCUUCUCUAAAAGCUGCCCCUCUACUCUGCAAGCCCCCUACUAGGGACCAGUCAAAGGCCUCAGCCCGGCAACUGAAUGGCCUCUCCACCGCCAGCCCCGCGUUGCCACCACUGGCCUCCACCCCUCUCCAUUCCAGCUCCAGGAUCCACAGUACAUGCACCAGAGCCAAGGACAUUCCCAGUAAAGCCCAGGAACCUCUAGGGCAGCCGAGACGACGGGGGCGCCCCCCCACUAAACUCUUCAAGCAAAUUGAGCAGAAAUAUUUGACACAGCUGACAGCACAGCCUAUACCACCUGAGAUGCAGAGUGGCUGGUGGUGGUUGCAGGAUCCAGAAGAACUGGAAGCUGUGGUGCAGGUACUGCACCCACGAGGGAUCCGUGAAAAAGCCCUGCAUAAGCACCUUAUCAAGCACAAAGAGUACCUACGGGAGGUGUGUGCCCAAGCUGCCAAUGAUCCCAUCUUCCAGACUCAUCCCGAGGAUGCCAGCCACCCUGUCUCUCGGAAAGCCUUGGCCCAGUGGUCGAUGGCUGAGCGGGCCUUUGAGGCAGACCUGUCUGUACUUCAGUGGGUAGAGGAGCUGGAACAGCGGAUACUCAUGGCUGACCUACAGAUCCGAGGUUGGACAAGUCCAGAUCCUGAUUCUGUUCGGAAUGACUUGCAGUACUGUGAGCAUCAGCUGGAGUUUCUGGAAGACAUCACCGUAAAAAACUGGCGUGAAGGACCAGCUAUGCAGCGUGAAGCCAGCAACCCUUUAGACCUAGCAGUACUCCGCUUGGUAGAUCUAGAGCAGAACUUGGAACGGAGAUACCUCAGAGAGCCCCUCUGGCCCCCCCAUGAGGUGGUGGUAGAAAAAGCUUUGCUGAGUAACCCCAGUGCCGUUGAGCUGGGUGCCACAGAAAUUACAUAUGAGAUCACGCCUCGGAUGCGGACAUGGCGCCAGACCUUGGAGAGAUGCCAUAGUGCAGCCCAAGUCUCUCUGUGCAUCUACCAGCUGGAGCGUUCGAUUGCCUGGGAGAAAUCAGUUGUUAGAGCGACUUGCCUAGUGUGCCGGAAAGGGGAUGAUGAUGAGAACCUGCUGCUAUGCGAUAGCUGCGAUCGUGGCUGCCACCUUUACUGCCACCGGCCCAGGAUGACCGAGGUGCCAGCCGGUGACUGGUUCUGCUCUCUCUGCAUCGCUCAGAUGCAGAGAGAAUAUCAAGAUGACUAUGGCUCUCCACGCCGUGGCAAGAAGCGGAAAGGUGGUAGUUCUGGGGCUUUUUUUGGGAAGGAUGAGCUCAGUCCUCGAUCGCGGUCAGCAGCAACCCAGCCACGCAGUCACUUGGCAAAUGUACCGCCCCGAUACUCGGGUGAAGGCCUCUCUCCUUCCAAGCGAAGAAGAGUGUCUACACGAGGCCAGAGUGCUGACCUCACCUUCUGCGAGAUCAUCUUGAUGGAGAUGGAAUCACAUGAAGCUGCCUGGCCUUUCUUUGAACCGGUUAACCCCCGGCUAGUGCCUGGCUACCGGAAAAUCAUCAAAAACCCGAUGGACUUUGCCACCAUGAGGGCGCAGCUGCUGCGGGGCGGGUACACAAGUUGUGAGGAGUUUGCUGCUGAUGCCGCCCUGGUGUUUGACAACUGCCGAACCUUUAAUGAGGAUGAGUCUGAGGUGGGCAAGGCUGGGCUGGCCAUGCGCCAGUUUUUUGAGAGCCGGUGGGAGGAGUUUUAUCAGGGAAAACAGGAGACAAACCCAUGAAGCUGGCAGAACAGGAAGAGGUGAGAGGAGCCAAAGGUGAAGUCCUCCCUCUUUUUACCCUGUCUCUUCUGGAGCUCAUCUUGCUACCUGCUGGUUGAUGUUCCCACCCACCCACCCCCAUGACUGGACUUGGAUUGGCAUUUAACAAUGGGGCGGCCUUACUCACCGCCAGGAUCCUCAGAAGCCCCACCCACCUCCUCGCUCCGAACAACACAAACUCUCUGACUGUGUAAGCCAAAAAAAAAAAGUUUCCUUUUUCCCAAAUGGAAAAACAACUACCCGCGACCCCACCUUAGCUGGGGCUAUUUAAUAAUAGCAAUAGUUCUUAGUGAAUGUGUAAGAACACUUUUUUUCUGUGCAGUGUCAGUACCAUGCAUUAAUGGCCAGUAACGUGGACGUUAAGUUUUCCUCCUUUUUAGAGUCGCGUUGAAAUGUAUAAAGCAGAUCACUCCUGCCUCUGGGAAUGGCAACUUUGAUGACACUGAAAACAUGCUGCUUCUGUCCUCCCCACCCCACCCCCACCCCUUUCUCUCUUCCCAACUCUUGUCUCAGCCGUGCUUCUUCUCCACUCCCCUUCUGAACAACCACCAUAGCUGUGGCCAGUUCCUUCCCCCAAUUUUCAGUUGUUCUUUCUGAAACCAAGAGUAUGGCUUAUAGCUGGUGUGCAUUUGGAGGAGCGGGAUGCCAGGGAGUGGGAUGUGAAUGCAAGGGGCGCUCCCUCCCAAGGGUCUCAUCCCUUCGAGCCACGUGUCCUUUGCUUAACCAAGAUGUGGUCCUAUCUUGGCUCCUGUGCAUGAAGAUGGGGUCUGCAUUCCCAGAUUUGGUUAAUCUACAUCAUCCCCAUUUGUUCAAUAUUGGUUUAUUCCAGAUUUAGUUUCUAAGGGAGUUGAACAAAAUGGGAAUAAUCCAGAACAAAUGUCCACCAGGAGGACAAUAUCAGCCAGAUCAUUUUCCCCCUCUUAGCAUGCAAACCACAAUUCAACUGAAUUAACCUUUUUUUACUAACCUCUGCCCCCCACCCCCUGGCUCCACAGGGAACACUUCAGCAGGGGCGCCUCAUGAAUCCAUGGCAGUGCCCAAGAGCAGACUCAUCUCGGCUUCAAGAAUACAGCUCAUUUCCCCUCUGGUUGUGGGUAACGUUGCUGGCAUGUAUCACUAGGCUUCAAGGGACCAAAGUACAGGAGCUUACAGGAGUGGGGAUGAUGGAACCUGCAUUUUGUGAGAGAGAGGCUGGAUUUUUGGAUACCCCUUCCAGCACUUCAGGAGAUCAUGUCAUGUGAUCCUGGCCUUAUUGAGUGUUGCCCGCCCCCAGCUGUGCCCCAGCAUUAUUCCUCAGGGAUGGCUACUGCCUACGAAGUUUGAUCUGCAGUCUAUCUGUAUGCGUGGUGGGAUUGUUUGUUUCCUGCCUUGGAACAUGACUCCCAAUCUAUUGUAGGAAUUUCCUCCUUGAGACAAAUGUGGGAUUAACCCCAUUAGAAAGGAAGGAGAACUGUCCCCGUUUCAUUUUCUUCUAUCUAAGUUCUUAUCUCCUGACCGUAUUUUUAACCUGUGGGGUCUAAAGUGCUGCCUCCUUUGGUUAUCAUGACUGAGAUUCAGUUAGACUGGACAUUACAUGUAGGUGAAGGGAAAGUAAGUAAGUUGUGUCUCUCCUUCAUGAUGAGAUGUGUGUCACUGUGGAGGAUGUGUGCAAGUGCUUGCUUAGGGUGAAUAUACAGGAAGCAUGAAAGGAGGAAGGUCAUGCUUCAAUUGGGUCACCCCUGUGUAAUGUCCACAGCUGCCCUCAGUCUAAAGAUCUGGAAUUCAUAGUUAUUUCCUUUUCCUUUUUGUCUACAUUUUCUAUAUAGUGUUUAAUUCCCAGAUUGCCACACGUAUAUAUACCCCAUAUGAAAGCUCUUAACACUUUAACCUUUUUUCUAAUCCCUUUUUGAACUAGAGUAUUCUGAGUAUUUUCAGAGUAGAAAUCAUCAUCGGGAUUCCAUUUUUCUGUAAUUAUUUUUGCCAUGUAGGCGAGGGUAUUUUUUGCACUGAACCAUCAUUUGUCCCAGUGCCAGAACCAGAACUUGUUAUGAAGCUGCCUGAGCAAGAUUAGAGCCUUCUGUGUGACAGGGUCACACCCCAGCCACUAUUCCAGUGAAGCACAGGUUACUCUAGCUUUGGGACAUAAUUUAGCAACAUGCACAAUCCUGAGAACAUCUCUUGCACAAACUUCUGUCAGGAUGAAUGGGGAGACAUGGGAGUACUUCGCCAUUAAACCUAGGCAGGAGAUGUUCUGGAGGACUGUAGCCAUAUCGAGCACGGAAAGGCUGGUGCAAAAGAGAGCUUGGAUGCUUUUUUGACAGGAGCCUGCACCCGGAUUUCUGGUACUAGACACUUGCCAAAUUCAAAUAGUUGUGACUAAAGCCAGGCGAUCUCGUCAGUCACUCCAUCUCUCAUUCGUUGCUUGUUGAAACGAGAGAGGAAUUGCAACAAAGGCUUUAAAAGGUAUUUAGAUCUCUGGUUGAGGAAAAAAAAGUAAUCCAUAAGGCAGCUUUUAACAAGCAUAAGAGAAGGUGGCCAUCUUGUUUCUUGCAAUGCAGCCUCUCUCCGCUAGUCAUCCUACUCCUGGUACAUGGAUGCCUCCUAGCAAUCUGCAUUCCAAGUAAUAAGCUGAUCCCAGAGCACCCACCUCACACUGUUGCUGAGCAAUGAUUUCUAGGGAGAUUGCUGUCUGGGAAACAGAGUCACCUGACAUGUACUAUGUUCAGGGGUCAUGGGUUUAUAUCCUAGUUCACCCCAGCUGCCUCUGCGCUAGAAUGGGGCCACUGCUGUUGUUUUUCCCCCAGUUUGUUUCAAGAUUCUGGUCCAGUAUUCUCUGCUGCGGUGCAGGGAGGCAUAUAGGAGAGAUCAGAGGAAACAACUUGGUUCUUUCACUUUUCUUCCACCACCAGGUGGAUCAGAGGGUAGAAAGCCAUCUCCUGGAACCUAAACUCCCUAGCUGCUUUUCAUAUCCAGCCAAGCUCCUCAAACCAUUGUAAUUACGGGUAUCACUUAGGGGCAAAUAAAUGGCUGGCAGGGUCCCAUCAGGAGAUGGCUUGCCCCCCCCCCCACUUCCACCUGUGCUACAUUUGAAUGAGAGGGGUGUGUGUGUGUGUGUGUGUGUUUCCCCUACCCGCGUCGACCAAUCCAAUUGCAAGAGCACUGAUGUAAGUAAAACGUAACCACAGGUGAUACAGCCUGGAGACUGAAACCUUCCUUACUGUGCUUCCUCCACCCCAACCUCGCUUCCCAUCCCAAUUGUUUUCAACAAAACGUAGCCUUUUUCUAUCAAAUAACCUCAAACUUUAUUUUAUUUUAAAUUUUGGGAUUUUUUUUUUUUUGCUUUUAAAAUAAAGAGGUAGAUUUGAAGUCUAUUUGAAACUGACUUUAUAUUAUGCAUAAAUAUUUAUAUUUUAUCUAAACUUGUGCUGUAACAGCUUCUUUUUCGUGUUUUUUUUUUAAAGUAUUUUUUUCUGGUCUGUUGGGUUUUUUUCUCAGCCAUGAGAAAGCUCUAGAGUUUGGAAGUGUUAAUUGUUGGGUUUUGUUUUGUUAUGGAAAUGUUAAUUUUUUAAAUUCAAACCCUCACACCUUAAAAGAAUGAAUCCAGGUUUGUCCUAAUCUUGAUCUUCAUGAGGGGAUGUGCUAUGGUUUUAUCAAUCAGUUUAUAAAUACCUUGCUUUUUGAAAGUUACAUGGAUUUUUUUAACUGAAUGUUGAGAAUUGCAACUAGAAUUGGCCUUAUCAUUCAACUUCUGGCUUUUUCUUCCCCUGUCAUCUUGAUUUACUAUCAGAAAGGAACCAACCAAUCCAUCAUCCUGUGAGAUGCUCUGAACAGCAGGAAGAGAGAGAUCACACUUUUUAUAUGAAUAACCAAAUGUGUUUGUUUUAGUGAAUUUUUGAUAAUGUACAGUUUUUUGUGAAUUUAAAUUGAUUUCUUUCUAUAUUUUUAGGACCAACCUCAUUUUUAAUAAGGUUUAAAAGGAAGAAAAAAAGUCUAGAAUUCUUGUUUGUUUCCUUGUGAUGUUUCCACAAGUACAGAUGUUAGAGUGCUUGUCAAGUUUCAAAGAAUAAACAAACAAACAAACCCACGUUUGAUAGAGAAGAA